AUGUCGAACCCACCUCAACCCACAAUUCUCCCCGCAACCAAAGACUCAGUACAGAACUGCACCAAUGUCAGUGAAUACUGCCCGGUCGACCUCACCAUCUACGGCUACUACCCCAAUCUUGGCGCAAAUGCCUUCUUUUGUGCCUUCUUCGCACUCUGCCUGGGCAUCCAAUUGGUCCUCGGCAUAAGAUACAAGACAUGGACAUACCUGGUCGCCUUGGGCUUUGGUUGUCUCGGAGAAGCAAUCGGCUAUGUCGGAAGAAUAAUGCUCCACAGCAACCCCUGGUCGAGCAACGGAUUCGAAAUCCAGAUCUGUUGUCUCAUCAUCUCCCCUGCCUUCAUCACCGCCGGUGUAUACCUCACCCUCAAACACAUCGCUCUCGAGCUCGGCGCCAAUUUCUCCCGCAUCCGACCUAAGUUCUACACCUGGAUCUUCUGCCUCGCCGACCUCUUCUCUCUCAUCAUACAGGGAGCCGGCGGGGGGAUUGCAGCUACAGCCAAUAACGGCUCUUCGCUGCAGAAUGUUGGCAACGAUAUGAUGAUGGCCGGUAUCGUGUGGCAAGUAUUCACGCUCCUCAUAUUCGGAGGUAUGGUUGGGGACUACGCCUCCAGGGUGUACGCCCGCCGGUCCGAGCUCGAACAUUCAGCUGUGAAGCUCAUGAACGCGACACGCUUCAAACUAUUCAUCGGCGGCCUCGUCCUCGCAUACCUAACCAUUAUCACUCGUUGUGUCUUCCGUAUUGGUGAGAUGGCCAAUGGAUGGGGUAACCCGAUCAUGCAGGACCAGGGCGACUUCAUCGGUUUGGACAGUGUCAUGAUUACCAUUGCUACCUUCUGCCUGACUGCUUUCCAUCCUGCAUUGGUGUUCCCGGAGAUGCAGAUGCAUGGGACAACCAGCCCGAUGGGAGAAUUCACCACGGCGGAUGCGGAGAAGGUUCAUGAUGCGGAGUCUCCACCUAACGGUGACAGGAAAGGGUACUUUGGGGCAUCAUAG